AUGAAUAGACUUAGAAAGGCGCUUUCCAUAGACAACAGCAGCAAGAACAAAAAGAGGUUCUCGCUGUUUAGUAGCCAACAUGCGGCGGCAACAGAACAGCCUGAUGCGCUGCCUCGUUUAUCCAUCAGUUCUCCCUGUGUUGAACAUCCACCAGCAAUCAAUUCAGCCAUAGAGUUCAACACCAAUAAACAGCAUCAGGUAUUUGGACUGAGAUCAGCGCAUUCUCUUACAUCGUUUGACGAGAAUCUACUGGCAUCACCCACAAAGGAAAAACCGUUGAUGAGUCGUAGUUUGCAAUCGAUUCAUUCCUCAUCAGCAUCGAGCUGUUCAUCUGAUCUGCCACCACUACCAGCAGUACCACCAGCCACACAGAGUGCAGCAGAGGAUACACAAGAUUAUUUGCAAUUGGGCAUGAAAUACCAUGAGAAAGGAGAACUGGAAAAAGCGACACAUUACUGGCGGCUCUCAGCAGAAGCUGGAUCACCACUAGGACUCUUCUUUUACGGCAUUGCGUUGCGACAUGGAUGGGGAUGCAAGCGAAAUCCCACAAAAGCAGUUUGCUACCUCCAGAGUGCAGCUGAGUGUGCAGUGUAUGAUUUGCAAACUGGCAUCGCUCAGUCAGCGUCGGUCGCAAAAUCUGAAUUAGUGCUUGCUAUUUAUGAACUCGGUGUUUGUUUUCGACAUGGAUGGGGUGUACCUAAAAAUUUGGAAACAGCAACCUACUAUUUCCAAGUCGCUUCUAAUCUGGGAGAUCCAGACGCACAAAAUGAUUUGGGAUUCUGUUAUGCGCAUGGACUUGGUGUGAAAAAGGACUUGUACUGUGCUGCCAAAUACUAUCGAUUGGCAGAGAAGCAGGGUCAGGGCAUGAUUGGCAAUUCUUGGAUCUGGAAAGAGAAAUACAACCAAGUGGAUGAACCUGGCUGGAAUGGAAAAGUCAAAAAGUGA